UGUGUGUUGUCAAAUAGAUAGUGGAAUGAAACUUAUAAUUUAAACAAUAUUUUUAUAAAUAAAAGUGAAAAAUGCAAGAAGAAAUAAAACGUAUAGUGGAAAAUUGUCAGAAGUGCAAAUCGAACCACGUAAAAAGCAUUAAACUGUUGAGACUUGUGUUUAAUUCUAAUAAUUAUGACGUGUUUCUUGAAACCUUUCUUCAACAUGUUGAAGGAACCAUACAGAGUGACUUUAAAAAUCCCUACGUUAGGAACGUUUUGGAGUUCAUGGCGAUGUUUGUUAGUACAUUGGCAAGCGCAAAUGCCAAAGAACUAAAUAAAGAUGACGCAACUAAGGAUAGUGAUACAGGAUCUGAAACGGAAAUCCAUCCCUUUCUGGGGGCCGUUGUCAAGAGGGUUAUUCAGUAUCGUUCACAUAAAGACUGGGUAUGUCGCUAUAAUACAUGUAUGUUUUUAUCUAUGACGUUACAACACACCGAUGGGGAACUGGACGAUAAUAUUAUCGAGCUGAUCCAAGAAGCUAUGUUAGAAUGUAUACAGGAUCCCAAACCUCUGGUAAGGUUGGAAGCAGUACGCGCCCUACAUAGAAUACAAGAUACCAGCAAUCCUUAUUGCCCAGUUAUUGCGGCUAUUUCAAAAAGAUUGACCGAUUCUAACCCAAAGGUGCGAAAAGACGCGGUUAAAUAUAUCGCUCCCACGGCCAAAACUGUCGUGUAUAUCAAAGACACCGUUUUUGAUAAGGACCCGGGGGUGAGAUGUAAUGCUUUUACACAUGUGGCUAACUUGUCGAUGAAGUAUUUUAAAAUCGCCCAUAGACAGGAAAUAUUGUGGGCGGGUUUCGCGGAAGUAAAUCCCGUUGCGAAAAAAAAAUUUAAAGAAUAUUUAUUGCCGAAAUGGUUGACCAGCUCGGGAGGGUGCUACAUAAACAUGCUGCAGGCGAUCAAACUAUACGCCGAGGAGAAAGACAUUAAAUACACCGAGGAGUUGAGUCAAAAAAUCGUCGAGGCAUUUUUUGAAACGAAACCGAUAACCGAAUUAAUACGGGCGCUUUCGUUGAACGAGAACAAAUUGAUACCGGAGGAUGACGUCAGGAGCGAACUCGUUUUAUAUUGGAACAUGCUGGUGAAACAUUUGAGGAAAUCCGAUAAAAUGGAGGAGUAUUUGGGCGAGGUUUUGCCCGAAUUGACGCCGUUUUGUCAUUACAUCGAUCGCUUGAUCGUGAAUAAAUAUUCGAAACUGGGAGACGAUUGGGAAAAAGUGAACUUUCAGUAUUUGCUUUAUCAUUUAUUUGAUAUGGCUGCCGGAUAUGAUUUAUCAGAAGAGAUGGGUCGACGAACUCUGGAUGAGCUAAUAAAAUCUAUAUUAUCAAAACACAGACUACAAUCAAGAUUAUUAAAUAAAUUAAUUCAGAUUGACCGUUUAGUUGCCCGUAAUGUCGACACGUUCACAACUGAAAUUUGCUCAAUUUUAUCGGAAAUUUGGCAACCGAUGACCGUGCAGCCCAUUAACGAGAAUGAAAUUAUCCAAAAAAAAUACGAGAUCUCGAACCUAAAAAUGCAAAUCAACAUAAUGCAGGAGAACCAGGACCUGGCCGUACAGGAGAAACGUUUCGAUGUGGCACACGAAUUGACCCCGGAAAUAAACAGGCUUAAGUUAAAACUAGAGGAGCUUCAGGAGGAUCUGAAGUCGUCGGAACAUCCUCCGGCUACUACUCAAAAUACGGAUGAUCCCGAAAUACUUUGUUGGUGUCUGGACCUUUUGGCUUCACUGUUGGAACACGGGAAUAUUAGAAUAUUGUCGCCCAGCUUGAUUUCCUGUCUCAAUGAAUUUCUGCUACCACUCGGACAAAGCUCGAUUGUGGACGUACAAAUUAAAGCGUUCAAAUGCCUGGCGGACUAUUGCGUUUUAGAUCGAAAACUGGCCGAGGUACAUCUAAAAACGCUUGGGCUACCUUUAAUCGCUUAUCGGAUCCUUCCGAACUUCAACAAAUCAAUGGUAAUAGACUCCAUAAAAUCCCUUACCGACCUUCUACGGCUCUACGGCGCGGGUUUCUUCGAUAAUGACAGUGAGGGCGUAUUGUCGCAAAGUUCUGCCGGUAGUAAACGGAAACUGUAUAGUCAAACCAAUGAGGAAGACCCUAACACCACUAAUGGCAACCCUUUGAACACUGAAUUCAUUAUUUCCGUGUGUUUUGAGAUGAUUGAUGAUGAAGAUGAUGAUAUCAGGGUGACAGCAUUAGUACUGAUAGGAAAAUUAAUAUUAACAGGUUUUCCUGUGGAACCCAUAAUGUUAACCAGGCUGGUAUUAAAGUGGAUUUGUCCUACGACACGUCUGGAAGAGACUAAUGUUUCCAAUUUUAGAGAAAACAGAAGAAUGCAAAGACAGGAAAAAUCCUUCCAAUUUAAACUGGGCAACUUGUUCAGCAAAUACAUUGCCUGGGUACCGAACGCUCGGCAAACAAUGGCGCAGUCCAUCGUUACGAUUUUGACGAGAAUCGCGGACGCACCUCGGACGAGCCCGUUGGCCGACAUUGACGUCGACGACGUUUUGAGAUUCUUGGUGUGCGUUACCGACGACAACAAUACGAAUCUGGUUCAUACAAGUUUGGCUAAGAAAUUACUACAAGAGAUCUCUAUGAAGCCGACAGAUAAAACAACGAUAUAUUUCUCGAAAAUGCUUAAUUUAUUGAAGCUUCCCGCCGGCGAUACGCCGGACGUGCAAGAGCUUAUAACACAGGCAAACAACAUUCAAGAAAUGGAAUCCUUGGAAAAGGUGCCGAAAAAACAACUGUCAAAGUUCGUAAUGAGACUCUUGGGGCAAAAAGCGGAUUCGACCACCGCAUCGGUAAACAUAACCUUGACCACGGCGAAUACGACCCAAAAUGCCACAAUCGUAACCCAAGGUGAGGAUGUGGGGAUGUCGAGGCGCCUCAGUUCGGUGAUUGAAGAGGAUUCGACCGAAAACGAGGAGGACGGUGGUCCGGUGGUAGAAAAGCAUGCGGAAGAGACGGUGCCUUCGAAAAAGAGGAGGAUCGAUCUCAGCAGCGAUCUUAAUAGAACCAACAGUGAAAUUUCCUUAAAUGCUGCGUCAUCUACAAAUAUUCCCGCCGUAUCUAGAAAACCAAACGAAAACAUAGAUACUAUAUCAAAAGACGACUCUGACUCCGAUAUAGUACCUGACAGUCAAGAUACCCAAUCAAUACCCAAACCUGGUGCAAUACAAAUUGAAGGUAAAAAUAAUAACAAUAACAACAUAGAAAAAGUGAGCCAAACCGCGACUCGAGUUAAGAGAACGUUAAGAAGUAAAACCUCGUUGAGUUCGUGGAGUUCGGACAACAACAGUAUCGCGACGAAUUCCCCGCCAACUGACAAUGAAAACGGUAAAAGAAAAGCCCCAAUGGACAGGGCUCGGAGACUUAUCAGCAAAAAACCUUUAAAACAAAGUGACAAGAGACCGCAAGAGUUAAAAAAACAACGAAACGGUUCUUUAAGAUGGGACGAGUCCAGUUCGGAAUCGUUGGACCGUACUCCUGAAAGAAGAAGUUUACGAGUUUUACUUCCAACGAGCAAGGGUAACUCUUCGGAGAAAAGUUCCUUGUCGGGAAAUAGCACAAGCAGUCAAGAAUUGCCUGAGAGAGUAAAUGGACCUCGACGAAAAAACGCGAUAAAUGGAAAAAAGACAGCACCUAAAUUGUUUACACAACCUUCAAAAAAGUAUCCUAAGAAAUUGCAGCACGACCGAUUAAGGAAGAAUUCUCAAAGGUCAGACGAAUCUAGUUCAGAAUCAGUGAACAAUAGUCCUGCAAGAAAGAGUCUCAGAAUCGCGAGUACAAAUAAAACCGCAAAAAGGAGAGCAACAACUCGAUCCAAGACCCUCAGCAGUGACGGCGACUCCGAUAAUGAUAUUUCACCGGAACGUAAAGCGAUUAAAUCCAAACAAAAAGAACCAACUAAGAAGGUUAUACCUGCAAAGAAAGUAAACGGAGUUUUGGCCCUUCAAAAUUCCCCAAUUUCCAAGGGAAAAAGAGAUUUGCUAAGGACCACGAGACAAAAUAACGAUUUAAAAGUGCCAGAGUUAGUUGUUCGAUUAACCAAAAUCUCAAUACCAACUAAGCCUGUUCAAAAAACCGCCCAAGUUAAAAGAAGAAAACUGAGGAAAUCCAAAUCGACUUCGGACGAAUCCAAGGAGAACGUUUACGUGUCUGACACGUCAAUAGAGGAGUCGUUUCACACAUUUUUGCAGCCAGACCAGUUUCAGCAAAGUCUUCUAGACGAAUCCGGCUCGGAAACCACUACUGUAAGACGUUCUCGUAGGUUACAAGUGGUCGAUUCAGAAACUUCUUCGGAUGAGCACUUAUUAAAAUCAGCGAGACGAUCGACAAGCAGCCCAAGAAAAAAAACCGUGUAACGGAUUUGUAAAAUAAAUUACAUAAUUAAAAAAAAUUAUUUUAUAUUUAUAAUCUUGUUUUAAAGAUAUCUGUACAUUUAACAAUAAUACAAAUAAAGUUAAUAAUUAUUUUA